UUGCCCCACCUCUUCUCGAAAAAGUCGAAUCUUACUUCCCCUACUCCUGGACGUUUCUCCUUCGGUUCCUCUCCUCCCACCUACGCGACCUUCCCUCUUCUUCCACUCGUGCCUACCGCCACCCGGCCCCCCGAAAGUACACCGAACUCACACUAUUUCGUCUAACCGCAUUUGCAUCGGCACCGAUGACCCAUAUUCACGUUCUUUCCUUCGCGACACCACACCAUCGACGUCUUCGAUCCUCCUUCUCUCUUCUGCCACCGGUUCCUUCUACUACUCGUACACACGUCGAUCGCGUACGAUCUUCCCGCGCGCCUACGUCGUCGUCGUCGUCGUUGUCGUCGUCGUCGUUGUCGUCGUCGUCGGGGUGCUCACCGUCGUCGCGGCUAUCUGUUCCUCUACCGCUCGCUACCAGUGAGUAGAAAGAAGAUAGAGAAACGAGCACGCGUGCACGAGUAACGGAGAACGAGUCAGUGAGAGCGUACUUCACGGUGAAGGAGAGAAAGAGACACGCGACGACGGACAGUUACGCGUGAUUCGUUCCUGCGAGUCGCGACGAUGCGCGAUGCAAGUCGGUGACUCGAUUUCGGCCGGCUAAGACCAAGUAAACUCGGCCCAGUGUAUACGCGACCAGUGUCCCGAUACACUACGAGAGCAUCACGCGGAGGGAACACGCGACUUUCGUUUCAGUUUCAUCUUUCACUGUUUUGUCUGUCUUUUUUUUUUCUUUCUUCGUUCACUCGUUCGUUAUUCAAACGUACGCUUUGUAAAUCAAAGUUAUCCGGUUGCGUUUCGUAACGUUUCGUUGUACUGUGUCCGUGGCUGGAAACAGGCAGCAUCAAGUAGAAUCAGUGAGAUCGAGGAACACUUUUGGAGGAUCAUGUGCCGCGUGAACACGUGUACGCGAGACCGGUGCGCAGAGUACUGCUGUCGCUCUGUUCAGUGAGUUCGAGCCAGCUCGUAACUCGUAAAUCGGCAAAAGUGAUUCGUACAAUCGAGAUACGAGCGUGUAUCGUGUGAUCCCGAAGUGGGUGUCGCGGAUAUUCGAGACGCGUACGGAUUAUCGCGAAUGGUGCGCGAUCAUCGAUGCAUCGGUGUCCCUGUUGAGGCUGUAUCGAGCGGAUGGUAAUACGGUCCUGAGCAUCGUUGGACGAACUGUUGGGCACGAGCGCGAUCAAGAAGGAAAAUACCUACUUGAAGGUGGCAGAGACAGGGGUGGAGAAGGUCACGGGGUCGGGCCUAGGGGUGGCAUCAUGGACUCUCAUCAGCAAUUCUGUCUCAAGUGGAAUAGUUUCGGUAGCAACCUAGCGACAGCGUUCUCGAAUUUGUUCAAAAGCGAGAGUCUUACCGAUGUCACCCUAUUCUGCGAGGGAGUAACGUUCAAGGCACACAGGUUAAUCCUCGCAGCAUGCAGCAAACACUUUCAAGAGCUCUUCGAAGGAAUGCCUCCUUCUCCCGCGGGACUGAUCGUUAUUCUCGACGGGACGAGUGCCCACAAUAUGGCGUCCCUUCUCGAAUUCAUGUACCGUGGAGAGGUCCACGUGUCCCAGGAAUCCCUCAGCUCUUUCCUCAAAGCAGCCGAAUGCCUUCAAGUAAAGGGUCUGUCUAUCGAGCACGAGAAAUUGGCAGUAGCGCAGAGGCACGCCGCGGAGAACAAUAGCUCAUCGACGGAUGCCGGGGAUGGCGGAGGUGGUAGCAAUGGCGGUGGUAGCAGCGGUAGCGGUGACAACGGAAGCGGGAACGUGAGCGGAAGCGUCAGUGGAAAUGGUAAUGCAGCUGGUGGUGCCAGCGGCGUCGGUGGAGGAGUUGGCGAAGUGAGCGACAUGAGCGAAGCGGGUGAAGCAACCAUGGUGAGAAACACCAUGAAGAGGACCCCCACACCGGUACCUUCGCCCGCCCCUGCUUACACCGUGCCCAGCCUCUAUUCCACUGCCUCUCACUAUUACGAAAGUCCGCCGAAAAGGCUGAUGAGAUCGCCCAGCGACGUCGAUACCUUGGGAAGGGCGAGUGUGUUGCGCGAUGGCACUGCCUUCCGGCCCGCAUCAGCGCCACAUCCGCUUCUCCUGGAGAACCACUUCUAUCAGCCGUUCAUCUACCCUUCAGAAACUCCCGCACAUCCCCACACCGCACCUCAUACACCGACAGAAUUGGAACAAGAAUUGGAACGAGCGAGGUCCGAGGAACGUAGCAAUUGCGAUCUCAAGGAAAGCGUAGCCGAAGAUCUUCGAAUAAAGCAAGAACCAGUGGCGAUGACCGAUCGGGAAAGGGCAGAAAAAUUGGCAGAAAGAUUGUCAGGCGAAGUUUAUUCCGGGGGAAGGGGGUUCGAUAGUGGUCAUUACGGUUCAAAUUCGGACCACAUUCAACAUGGGGGACAAGUUGGCCACGCCAUAGUUCCCCUGCCGCCCGCUCAUCCGCCGACUCCUGAUCUCAGUCCUGCACCCACCACUCCUGCUAUGUGGAAUACGAAAAUUAACAAGGCUGGUACUGUCUCCACUCCCGAUGGCAAGAAACUGAAGUGUCCAUACUGCGAGAAGCUGUACGGCUACGAGACGAAUCUGCGAGCUCACAUACGGCAGCGUCACCAGGGUAUCAGGGUGCCUUGUCCGUUCUGCUCGCGGACGUUCACGCGGAACAACACCGUUAGACGGCACAUCGCACGGGAGCACAAAGCCGAGCUGAAUCUGAAGGCUUUUCAACAAACAAACCACUCGAUGUCAGACACGGUGCCGCAGUAACAGCGUCCUCGUUGUCAUCGUCGUCAUCGUCGUCUUCGUCUUCGUCGUUGUCAUCGUGGUUGUCGCUGUCAUUGUCGGGAUGACAUUGAAGACAGCCCUGUGGCUACUCGAGUUACCUGCGAGUGGCACGAAACGGAAAUACCACGAAUGCUGGAACGAGGAAGAAGCAACGAGGGCGAAGGUCUGUCCACCUUUUCCCUCGACCAACGUCGGUCAACGCCAUCCCCAUCCCAUGUAGCAUCCGAGUGACGCUCGGGACUAAACAUUUCCUCCGCGAAAUCGCCACGCUGCGAUUGACAGCGUUGCGCCGGAAGUCAACCGACGCUUUGACAGCGAGGUCGACAAAGGAACUGUCCCGCUGUGUCUCGUCUCGGCGAUUCUAAUAGUUGUCAAUUACACCAGUCGUGUUUUCGGCUGAGCGAUUCACCGGCCGAAAGCGUCUCGAGAGCGUCACUACGAAAGAGCAACCGCUGGAACACAGAGAAUCGAGCUGAAGAAUUAGAUAAAUUUACCGCUUCUACAAAUGGUUAGACAUGGCGUUCGACCUGUUUGAUCGUAUCAAACAAUCACUGACUCAUACUCGAAGGUUCAAUGGAUGCUGGACUUUCAAAAGAUUCUUCAUGUUUUGGAUUACCACUAUUUUGAAGAUUCACGUUGCUCUAACGAUUGCACGCUCUUGGUACGCUUUUGCGGAUACGAAUUGCGUUUCUUGGGAUAAACUGUGGAGGAUGGACGUGGCGUGAACUUGGAUGCGACAGAGAUUGUUGACCGGAUGUAAUAGAAAAAAUUGUCGCGCUAAUCGGAUCAUAAAAGAGGUUAGCAUUGGAAGAGAGAGAAGAUGAAAGAAGGUAAAGGAAGAUAAAGGAAGAUAGAAGAAUGUAGAAGAGUGAAGCUUGGAAAAACGUCGACGUCCGAUUGCUCGCGUAGCUCGCACAAAGGUACGAGUGGGAUGAUUAGGGGUGGGAUUGAGGGAGAUGAAAGCUCGUCGCGCCUCGGACACGCUCGCGAAAUAACGCUGGAUAAUCACAAAACUAGUCAAUAAAAGUGCAACGUCGAGUAAGAGUUAUUAACUAUAAAAGAGAAAGCUGAAGAAAAACAGUUUUUAAAAGAGCGCGAUAAAAGAUAGGGAAGUUAGAGACAAGCGUAACGCCGAAAGAUCGAAACCGAAGAAAAGACGCGAAUAAUCGAAAGCAUGUUGAAACGCAGAUUCACAAUGUCAAGAGAAAUUAAGCGGGUAGAUUACGAGGAAGAUGAAGAAAAAAAAGACGCAUAUCUCAGGUGAAUCGUACUACCGUAAGCCAGUAGUUCUCGAUUUAUUUUAUUAUCUUUUUCGCCCUUCUGCUUUGUGGUUUACAUAUACAUAUAUCUGUAUUUAUACAAUUCUUCACCAUAUUUUUUCGACGACUCCUCGCGUGAACGAUCAGGAUCGUUUUAAGGAGUCGUACGAAUACCGAUUAAUAUAUAUAGUAUAAAUAUAUAUAUACCGAACAUAUAAAUGAAAACGGUGCAAGCGCUGUUACGAGAAAUAGGUUUAAAUGAAUGAAGCGUCUACUUACUGCCGCUACUUUAUUUUAUUCGAUAGUUACGAUCAUGUUACCGAUGGAUUAUUAAGAAUUAUCGAACUGAUUACCAAAUCACAAUGCAUUGAAACGCUGUUAUUAUAUAUUGAUACUUUUACCGAUUCUACCGCGGAGAAAUAACACUGGUACUAUAAUUGCUGUUGAUGUCGAGAGCCUAGGGUCAAGACACGGGUGAUAUCCGAACAUGAUUCAACAUUUUACAAUUUUAACACGUACGCGUUAGUGCCAAACAAACUGAGAACACAAAGAAAGGAAACAUAGAAAUUAAAUCGCAUUUUCUCGAUCAUACAUUUUUCUACUCAGGAUAGGUAAUCGAAUUUCUAUUAUUUUUUUACGCAUCUCCACACACGAGACGGUAACAUAGAGACGACGGACGACACAUGCUUCAUCCGUGAAAAAAGCACACAUAUCCAGGAAAAGAGAGAUAGAGUGGUGCAGAUUUUUCUUGUAAAACAGACACUGACGCAUACCAUCUUCUCCACUUUUAUGUUUUUCUUCUCUUCUUUUUAUAUAGAUAUACCGUCGUUUUAUAAAGAAUUUAUGAGAUUAUUAACUACAAUGAUAAAGAAUGGACAGGUUGUCGAGUUACCAUAUUAUUAAAUAUAUCAUGUAGGCCACGUGUGUAGAUUCUUCUUGGUGAAUGCGUGCAAAGCGGAGGUUCGUAUCGCGCGAAAAAAUAAGCAAUAAUCGUUAAGAUACAUAGAGAAGAACUGAUCUUUCCUUUUUGUAAGAACGUUGUUUUUUUAUAUCUCUCUAAACGCACUGUAUAUAUAUAACCAAGGGACGCUUGUUCUUAAUCGUUAUUAUACACGAACAGGAGUUUCCUGGUGAAAAAUCAGGGCGUUCCACGUGCUACGUAUUAUAAUACGAGAUCCAAGGUUUUUUAGCGAGUACGUUUAUAUUUACCUGAUCGAUGAAGAAUCACGAAGCAAUCGCAUUCGCUUGGAAAGAUCUCAAACGUGACGCGUUGUACGUCACGAAGAACAAUCACUACCACUUUGUUACCUGUUUACAAUGUUUAAAUAGCGGACUUUUGUCCGAAGCAAUAGUCGAGGAUAAUAUAUAAUAGGUGAUAUAAUUAUGAAACCAAUAGACCAGGACGAACAAGAAGGCAUAGGGAAUAAUUGCUUAGAUACCGGUUGUAUAGAAUGUGAUCAAUGCAAUAGUUUAUUAUUAACGAUUUAACCUAUAAAUAGAUAUAUAGAUACUCCUAGUCAGGAUAGCACCACAAUAUUACUUGUUGCAGUAUUUCACACGUUUAUAUUACAGACUCCUAUCUUCUCUCUUUUUAUUCUUUCUCCACUAUUACAAACUCCCAGCCGUUUUUUUUCUCUCCUUUUUUAUUAUUAUUAUUAUUAUUAUUCGUUUAUCAUCGUUUUCUUUAUAUCCGUCAGUAUCUUGUCUUUUCUCUCGCUCAUCUCUUUUUCUCCUAUUUUUAUUUGUUUGUUACGUUACAGAGGAAAAUCAGAGUUUAACGAGAGUUAUCUCACAACGAUACGCCUAUCUUCUUAAGAUAUCAAAGACAAUAGUUAAUAGGGGAUUAUUUAGUAUUUAAAUGGUCGUAAAAGAUCUAGAAUAUAUUAGUAAAAGGAAACUAUUUGUUUCGUUUCCGUUUUCGUUGUCUCGUUCUUUCCCGUAUUUUCUUGUUCGCGUUGCAUGUGUUCUUUUUACGUUUUUACAUUCUCUGCAUAAUUCUCUCUUUUUUUUUUUUUUUACGUUUUUCUUAUGUUCUUAAAUACGAUAUCAAAUCGCGAACCGGAUCGUUCGCGUAUUCUGCCAAAUGACGAUACGUAUGACAGUACUACCUCAUCGUUUUUUAUAAGAAUACAUACAAAACACAGGGAACACUGAGAGACCACUGAUAGAAUAACAUCUGUACAUUCCGUACAGCCGCCACUAUUCGUCCGGUUAAUGUCGGGAUUAUUCUCCUGCUGUUAUACCCUGAGAGACAGGGUACGAGCGUGAAUCUUGAAGCUCUUCAUCGAAAUUCCAUGCAAUAUUAAUAUUUAUUUUCCAAACAUGCUGUCAUAUUCAACACAUACGAAGAAUAUAAUGAGUUACAUUUUCUGCUUUUCAACGAAACAAUUUUCUGUCAACUAAUCUCAAUAUUAUCGAAAUUGUUGUAUAUAUGGUUUUUCGAAUUCACUAUGUAUCAUUAUAUCAAGAUAUUUGAGAAAAAACAGCGUUCAAUGCUGCAACAUUAGUUAUACAUUUGGUUUCAUACAAAAGGAUUUAUUAAUUACCUUAGAAAGAUUAUAUUCAUUUACAAUUAUAUCAUCAGAGAAAAUACUUUGCGAAUCAGAAAUUUAAAAAGACGAACUUAUCACAUUUUCUUCGCGCGAUCUUCGCGUUGUAAUCGCUUGUAGAAUUUGUGGAAGAUCGUUUUCAUUCUACCAUUUACAGAUCGUACAAACGACGUCUCCUUCGAACUUUCAAACAAUUUCAUUUUAUAGACAUUAGUUUAACGCAAAUGCCGUAUUAGCAAAGGAAUUUCUGAUAGACGAAAAGCUUCAAGGAUCGCAAGCACACGUGAUAUAUAAGCUCUACAUACGAUUAUAUAGUAGAUCCGUUUUUUUACGAAGUUGCAUUAUCGCAUACGUACACAACUGUAUAUGUAAUAACUUACCAUUAUCUAAUAACUUUCCACUAUAUAAGCACAGUGAGACAUGUGAAUGUGAGUACGCGCGUGUGUGUGCGUGCGUGAGCGCGAGAGAUUGCGUGACAAUUUACAAAUAAAGAAACGCGGCGAUUUUAUCGUUUGGCAAGCGAAGUCUGGUUCCUCGGACCGAUCACGAUUUUUCAGUCAGAGAAAUGCGAAAAAGAAAAAGAAAGAAGAACGAAUUCAGGUGAGAAACAAAGGAAACAAACGAAAGUAUUGUUUCAUCACGAACAAAACGAAAAAUGUGUGAACUGAAAAAAGAUAUCGCGAGUGUGCAGUGCACAGGUUUAAUUGGCGAGAGCGAAGAGGUUUUCAACAAAUGGGGCUAAAAUGGAAAAAAUCCAAGUGAAAAUAUUAAAUCAGCGAAAAGUGUUUCGAGUGCACGCGUGCUCGUUUCGUCGACGAAUUUCGCGGAUCAUGUUUUCCGAUCAUCUCGAAGGGGUUGAUGAUAAAAAAAAAAAAAAAAAAAAAAAAAUAAAAAAAAAAUAAAAAAAUGGACGAAGAACAUUCUAAGAAAGAAACUCGAAAGUUGACGAAUGAAAAGAGCAGGAAUGGAAAUUGAAAAGGAAAAACCAUACGAGACGUUUUUAGGAGGGCAAAUUAUUUAGAUCCGGACGCGAGGGUGAUAACCGAUGUUCUUUUAGGGCUGACUAAAGGGUGGAUUUCUCGAGGAUGGGGCUAUAAAAACAUUUUAGACGACGUGAAAAUUAGUCAUAGAGGGUGGACGAGAGGGCCUCAAAACAAAAAGUAAAAAAACGAAGACGCUGCGAGGAGGGGGAUUAUUCAAAAGUGUUAUGUGUCGUUUACGUAUGUGAUAGGAACAUACACACACGCGCACACACAUCUACACUGCACGUACAUACACCGUUUAUGUACGAAACAAAAAAACACACAGAACGUACACGGGAUACGUCGCAAAAUGAUCGAUUUGCAUAUAUGCUCACGAGUGUAAAUAAUUUUGGUACGCAUACGUACUUUGGUUAAAUUUUAUUUCCUUUGUCUCUUCUUUUGUUUUCUUUUAAAUUAAGCCGAAAAAAUGUAUACAUGUUUUUUUUUUUUUUUUUCUUCUUUUUUUUUUCUUUUUUUUUUUUUUUUUUUAACUUUUCUCGGCUACUCUGCCAAGCAGAAACGAACGAAACGAAAGAUCGGGAGUAAUGUUAAGAUCGUACAAACUUUAGUAUUAAGUUUACACUUUUCUUAAGCGUUUCCUUUCAUUUUUAUUUCAUCUAAUAUCGUUCCGUAUUAUUUUUCUUUGUUUUCGUUCACUUUUAGGUAAUUUUGGGGUGACGUUCGUAACGAGAAUUCGAGCGUUUAGGAUAAUGCGUUUACGUUCACAGUUGCGAAUGUUUAAGAGGUUUGGGGCUAAAAGGCCAUGUUCUUUUUAAUUACUUCGUCGUUAGCUGUUACGAAUUUGCAUACGUAAAAACACGCGUGUACAAUGUAUAUACAGGUGUAUAUAUACGAUGUUGGUGAAUCGAGUAACGAGUGACGAGCAAUCGAUCUUGUUUGGGCAGGGGAUGGAAACGAAAGUGAAAGAUCGGUGGAUCUGAAACCAGACUAUACUUACACUCGUGUUUUGCUAUUCGUCGAAUUAUGAAUCGCGUAGAAUUCUUUUCCAUAUCCACGAUUCUCCUGUGUUCGAAUUGCUACUUGUUUUCCGUUUCGUACUCGAUCGCUUUGCAAAUGUCCUUUGUCACAAUUUCUUUCGUAAGUAAAAAGCUUUUCAAUCUCAAGAAAAAAGAAACGAGAUUCAAAAGUCGCAUAUUUUCAAAUUUAUUUUUACACGUGUUUUUUACACCUUUCUAAUAUUAUUUUCGAUAACGAAGUUUCUCGAUCGUUUUGAAGAUUACGAAAUUAUAUUGGAAAUGUUACUUGAAAUCAACUCACGAUUCACAAGAGUAGUUUUCAACGUCCCCUUUUUCCGCGUAAAGUUCCGCGCUGCCUGACCGUAUCCCAGUGUGAUUGGAAACACAUACACACGUACACACGAACACGUGUAUACAAGCACAAACACACAUAGGCACACGCAUAUAGAAGGGGCGCGGUAUCGUGCGUACGCUUAGCGUGCAUAUAUCCACGUUGCGAAGCCACGCGCCAGCGUACGCACACGUAUGUACCAUUAUUGUAUCACGGCGUAGGAUAAAAUGUUGCAUGUUGUUUCUAUAAUAUGUGUUUUACGGAUUGAAAAUCCUUUAAUAGAUGUCGUGUGUGACACAGCUUGGCGAGGCGAGCUUUACACCGCGGGUCGACCGAAUCGUUUUGAAUUUCCCGCGUGAAUAACGAGCGUCGCGGAGAAGGAAGAAAAAGAAAUUAGAAAAACAAGAAUAGUGACUUAAAAAGGGUUAGAAAGGCGUUAGACAGCAGAGAGUUCGUUGAAAGACUCUCGAGUUUCAAGGGAAGACAGAAAAUUAGGAUGAUAAUCGGUAGGGGUCGCUAAAAACUCGGUACGAAAUCGGCGAAAAGUAAAGGAAUUAGGAAUAAACCGCGUUCAAAGGACGCUCGAUACCCGCGACCGAGACUCGCGGUGUAAAUGGGCUUUCCACGAUUUUAAAAAACGUAAAAUGAAAAAAAUAUAUGAGUAAAAAAAGAGAUGGUAAUCCUUCGUCACUGAUGUUUGGCAACUGAGAUCGCGUGGGCGGGCAAGUACAGUUGUCGAGGGUAGAAUAAGAACAUUGGCAGAGGCGAACGAAAAACAAGGGGAGGGGGAAUGAAAGGGUGACAGCAGAGAGGCUGUCGCCGUGGAAAAUAAUUAAAGAUCGGCGGAGAUUGUUGCAUGCUCGCGGUGAAAAACGAAGGAGGAUAAGAGUCGAUGUUGUCGUUGCACCUGGGCUGCGCGUGCACUGUCUACUUAUACUAUACCGUUUGAUCGUUGUAUAGUAUAAAAAAGAAAAAAGAAAAAAAAUACAGUAAUAGUACUAUACCAUAGUUGAUAAUGAUUGCAUAGUACAUGUAUCACGCACGCAUAAGCAUAUUUAAACGUGAGGAAAAAGUAUAUAAAAAAAAAAAAAGUAACAUUAAUAAGAACGUAAGGAGCGUACAUUACGUAACGAACCUACAUCUUCUUUUUCUUUUGGCGGCAAGAUCGAAUUAAUCGAUUGACGAUUAUUACGAUUACGAUUAUAAUAUUGUAAAACUGUAGGAUUCAUAUUGUCGCGCAGCGGGGCUUCGAUUUCGGCGGCGUGCGAUCCUCGAACGGGGAUAAACGUUUGAGCGGUCGCGACUUAUAGUACAAAGUAAACUAUAAUGCGUUAAGGGGUAUAAAUGAAGUAAUCGAUGGAAAAACGCGAUGAUGAAACAGAUGACGAUCGCAGAUUUUUGUAAUCUUACUAUGCAAAAUGUAUUAAAAGAAACGAUCGCAAUUACGAUACUGAUCGACGAUGACGACGACGAUAAAGAUGAUGAUGAUGAUGAUGAAGAUGAUGAUGAUGAUGAUGAUGAUGAUGAUGAUGAUGAUGAUGAUGAUGGAUUUUAUAUAAUAUAGUUGAAUUUGGACGGCUAGAGAGACGGGCAUCGGUAGAACGAUCAAGGGUUCGAUGAACGCGAUUUAAUUAAGCUCAGAACACUGCAUUUCUCGAUCUCGCCGUUUAUUAUGCUGAAUGUUGUAUACAGAUUGGAUGAGGAGGCGUAUAAUCCUGUUCGAUGGAUCGUGGUUGAUCGUUGAUCGAUAAAAGUCGUCGAUAUACAGUUUUUAACAUUUCUUCUUUCUUCGAGAUCUGGUGAAGUUGAACGAAGCAACGUCAUUGCGAUUUUCAAGUACGGUAUGCUAUACGAUUCGUCAGGUUUUCAUUCCUGAAUGAUGCAAUAGACCGACUGUCUCUGCUCUGCUAUUAAGAAUAUAAAACUACCGUAUUUCUUUUUCUUUCUUUGCAUCGCUAUUACAUUACAAAAUCUCAACGACGUCACCUGGCUCGUUUACACCAAAUCUAAUAAUAAUGAAACAUCAUGUUACGAUAGCUAUGUUACAAGAAGAAUCGACGACGUUUAAUCUAUGCAACGAGAUGCAUUAUCCACUCGACGAGAUAUCGAUAUUUCUGUGAUACGCAGGAAAGGAAGGAGGACACGUUUACUUUAAGCAGCGAACGUGCCGGAAGUUUAAAUACCCAUUACAUAUCAGUUUCAGGGAGAUUGAUCGCCCAUUACUUUAACUAUACUUGUCCCGUUUCAUGUGAUCCUCGUGAAUCCUCUUUCCUUUAUCUGGAAUUGCAGAAGAACUGAUUGUUCACCGACUGUUCCAUGUGAUCGUACUUUAUACCAAAUAGCUCGCAAUAGUUAAUAUUAUAGUUACAGAGUUGUUGAGAUUGUUUUACUACAGACUGCUGCGUUUGCAGCCGACUUUAUAUGUUUCUUAAUCGUUCAGAGAUGAUAUAAGAACGACUUAAACGCAGAGAAUAAAUAAGAACGAUAUAAAUGCAGAUAUUUGCGAAUGAUACGUAGGAAAUAGGUCCGAAUGCUUGUUAUGUACGAGUGUUAAUAGCAGAAAGGAUGAAAAGACUGGUGAAACUCGUCACUGCCACUAAGUAAUCGAAUCCUUCCGUGAUCGGUUCACCGAUGCAAGCUCUGCCGUUCAUCACAGUAACGGAACACAAUACUUCGUCAUACACACUAGUACAAAUGCUACCUCACACAAGAUAUACAGGGUGCAGAAGAAAGCAAAAGAGAGAGAAAAAAAAAGAAAUGAAUAGAAGCUUAAAAUAAAUCUCUGUACAUAAAAGAUGACACAAUUUAAAAGGAAAAAGAAAACGGUAUUUUGCGAUAGAAUCAAACGUCCCAGAGGUGUCGAUGAUCGACAUACGGUCCGACGUAUUCUAAAGAAAACGACGAUGGCAAGAAAAGAAAAGAAACAAAUUGUAGUAAAAAAAAAAAAAAAAAAAAAAAAAAAAAUAAAAAUAAGAAA